ACCCCACCAAAGUUAAUUCAUAUCUUCCAUUUCCCUUUUCGCUUCCAUCGUCUUCUUCCUCAAUUGUACCUGUCUCUGUUUCCUCUGCAGCUGAAAAGAAUGGGACGAAUAACAAAUCUCAGGGACCUGAUCGGGAUGAUCAAAGACAAGGCGUCUCAGAGCAAAGCAGCCUUGGUCUCCAAACCCCGAACAUCAUCUCUCCAUUUAGCUCUACUCCGAGCCACGACUCACGAUUCCCUCACGCCGCCGAGCCAGAGACACUUGGCCGUGUUUCUUUCCUUCGGCCAGGGCUCCCGCGCCAUCGCAUCUGCCGCCGUAGAGGCUCUCAUGGACCGCUUGCAAACCACCCGCGACGCCUCCGUCGCUGUCAAGUGUCUCAUCGUCGUCCAUAACGUUGUCAAACACGGCAGUUUUAUUCUCCAAGACCAGCUAUCUGUUUACCCUUCGACCGGCGGGAGAAACUAUCUCAAGCGCUCUGAUUUCAGAGACAACACCUCUCCGUUAACGUGGGAACUUUCUUCUUGGGUUAGAUGGUACGCUCUGUACCUCGAACAUCUCUUAUCAAGCUCUAGGGUUCUGGGCUUUUUCCUCGGUUCAAGUUCAAGCACUGUGGAUAAAGACAAGGAGGAAGAAAAAGUCUCAGCUUUCAUGAACAGUGAUCUCCUCAGGGAUAUCGAUACUCUAGCGAGUCUACUCGAAGAAACAUCUAAAAGACCCGACUCAAUUCACGCGCAAGGCAACAAGUUAGUGGAAGAGAUCAUGGUAUUAGUGGGCGAAGACUAUUUGUCAGCAAUAAACGAGAUUUCAAUCCGAGUGAAUGAGUUCAAUCAUAGAGAGAAUUGCUUGAGCUUCGGUGACUCAGUUGAGUUAGUCUGCGCGUUGAAGAGACUAGACGAUUGCAGAGAGAGUUUGGUCGAGUUGUCUCAGAGAAAGAGGGCUAUGAUCGAGAGCUUCUGGGGUCUGAUUUAUGAAGUGAGAGAUAAGGUAGGGAACGAAAAGGUUUACAGAGAAAAUAAGAGAAUACUGGUUAAAACAGGGAGCAGAGAGAAAGGGAGUGAGUCGGCUCGGUACGGAGACCGAGUUGUGGGAUAUGGUGAGUCAAUCAGGUCUAUGUCGGGAAGGUCACUGAGCAUGAAGAAGUUACCUUUUGCAGUUGCGGAAUCAAUUGGACUGUAAAAAGUUAUUAAAACACAAAAAAUUGAGUCCGUAUUUAUUUAUUUAUUCUCAAAUUUUAUUUUAAAAAAUACACGAUUGUUUUUUUUUUUUUUUAGUCAAAUAUAUUA